UUAAGGCCAUAGAUGUCCCCUUUUUCCUUUUGGAUUUUUUAAGCCACGUGGAAUCCUUGCUCUUCCACCCCCUUUGCAAAAUGAAGGAUGGAAAAUAGUGUACAGAGAGCUUCUCACCCCUAACUUACCAGAAACCAUUGGAAAUAUUGGACUGGAAUGAGUCCACAGCCAUAAGAGGCAACCAGGUUUUCUUAAUUUUUUUGAAUCAUAGUACACACUAUAUGUUGAUUACUUUUUAGACAGUGUCAUGAAUUUUCACUUCAUGAGUUUUUUCAGCAUAGUCUUCGCAUUACUUAUGUCCCCAUUCUGUAUCACUUUUAGUUCCAAUGUCCUUUGCUUUACCCCGACCUUUCACCAGAGGUCAGCCCCUCCCCUUUCAGGAAGAAAGGCUGGAGUUUUGAAAUUGACACAUUGAAUCCAUUUGGUCAUUCUUGAACCUCGGCCCAUGCAUUUUCAUAAAGUUGUUUUUGAAGGGAAAAUGCUGGCUCGGUCUUUGAAGAAUACAUGAACUGAUGAGAAGCUAGUUGAACUUUGCAGUGCAAAAGAUGAGAUGGUUUCUAACCUAAUUGCUAUACUCCAAUAUUAUCAAGUUCCCAAAUGACAAAGGGUUUGGUUUCAUUUCGCUGUCAGUACAGUUGCUGCCAGUGUGAAUUAAAUUUGUUUUAGAAGUGUAACACUUCUAUUUGCCACUUUAAAACUUGUGUCUGUAUUACAAGGGGGUCCCUGGGUUGGGUCAAAUCAAAUCUGAAUAUGUGGAGUUGUCUCACUGGAUACAGGCCAUCUUAUUUUGUGCUAGAGGGGGGUAAAGGAGUGGGGAGGAGCAUCAGGGAGUCACAAACUCCCCUGCUCUGUCGCUCCACCCCCCCGCGCGCUUGCUAAGGAUUGGUGGAGUGCGCGCCUGGAGCUGUCUUCCUGACCCUUCAACCAUGCCCAAUUGGUUCACGUGCACAAGUGCAUUAUUUCAUUCUAUAAAAGAUAAUGAAGUGUUUACUCAGCUGGAUAUCAACUCUGACAUCCAUGCUAUUGCUUAGUAUUGUUAAACGAUGGGUUUAAGAGAGUUAAUGUUCAAGUACCUUGAAAUGGUUCAAGCAGCGUCAGGCAGACCGCUCACAAUCUGCACUCCACCACCUGCGUCAGAUGCUGGGCUAGAAAGACAGACGUACGCGCGGCAAAAGCGAUGACCUCUUUAUUUCAGAGCUGUGGAGGCUUCUAGAUACAAAUAAUUAAACCACAGACUUUUCUCCCUACCCCAUUGGCCAGGAUUCAAGAAAGCAGGCCAGGAUAAAGAAAUCCAAGUUUUCGAAAACAUUUCAUGAAAAUGCAAAAUGAACAGAUAAAAGGCAAUGAAUAAUUCUUUUUCCCUUUUUCUUUAAAUAUGUAAUAUUAUUCCCAGAGGAUUGGGAUCAGUUCAUUUGGGCAAGAUCAAGCCAGUAACUGCCCUCCUGUACUUUGACAUGCAAAACGAAUUGAUGAACAUCUGGAAGCCCAACUAUAUUUCAUUGAUAAACUGAACACAGAAAAGCCUUUCUUCCCUCCCUGUUACCUGUUAGCAUUCCUUUUGUUUUCUUUGAAAGGAAACAUUCAUUGCAUGAAUGAAAACUAAGAAUAUUCUUGUUUUGUUUGUUUGUUGUGAUUUGGAAGGACCUGUUUUAUUUCCAUAUUUAAGGAAGAAUGUAUUUUUUGAAAACUUUACUAACGAUCUUGUUUUCUGAUUUUGUCUCUUUUGGUUUUUCCACAACUGAUAUUGUUAUUUAGAAGGUUUCAGGUGGGUGACACUAUUCCUGCGUAGGUGCCUGGCGGAAAGGAACACUAGGGCAGCCUCAGUCCUCUCCUCUUCUUCCAGCCAGCUGCGGCCACCACUCUGACAAAGUCCAAAAAUAUGGCUUGUUACCUGAAAGCCAUUGAGACUCAGCCCAACUUUGCAGUGGCUUGGAGCAACCUGGGGUGCGUGUUCAACGCCCAGGGGGAGAUAUGGCUGGCCAUACACCAUUUUGAAAAGGCUGUCACUCUGGAUCCAAAUUUCCUUGACGCUUACAUCAAUUUAGGAAACGUUUUGAAGGAAGCCAGAAUCUUUGACCGGGCUGUGGCUGGAUACCUGAGAGCCCUGAGUCUGAGCCCCAACCAUGCAGUUGUCCAUGGAAACCUGGCCUGCGUCUACUACGAGCAAGGUCUCAUUGACCUGGCUAUUGACACCUACCGUCGCGCCAUUGAAUUGCAGCCCCACUUCCCAGACGCCUACUGCAAUUUGGCAAAUGCCCUUAAGGAGAAAGGCAAUGUAAGGAAGUUGGUUUCUGAAGCAGAAGAGUGCUACAACACGGCCUUGCGUUUGUGUCCAACCCAUGCAGACUCUCUUAACAACCUGGCAAAUAUCAAGCGUGAGCAGGGCAACAUUGAGGAUGCAGUCCAGCUCUACAGAAAAGCCCUAGAGGUGUUCCCAGAGUUUGCUGCAGCUCACUCUAACCUGGCCAGUGUCCUGCAGCAGCAGGGAAAACUCCAGGAGGCUCUCAUGCACUACAAAGAGGCCAUUAGAAUCAGCCCCACAUUUGCUGAUGCCUACUCAAACAUGGGUAAUACACUGAAGGAAAUGCAAGACGUACAAGGAGCACUUCAAUGCUACACCCGUGCUAUCCAGAUUAACCCUGCCUUUGCUGAUGCUCACAGCAACCUGGCCUCUAUCCACAAGGAUUCUGGAAACAUCCCAGAGGCUAUUGCAUCUUACCGCACAGCCUUGAAACUCAAGCCAGACUUCCCUGAUGCUUACUGCAACUUGGCACAUUGCCUACAGAUCGUGUGCGACUGGACAGAUUAUGACGAGCGGAUGAAGAAGCUUGUGAGCAUUGUGGCCGACCAGCUGGAUAAGAACCGCUUGCCUUCAGUGCACCCACACCACAGCAUGCUUUACCCACUCUCUCACGGCUUCCGCAAGGCCAUUGCUGAACGCCAUGGAAACCUAUGCCUGGACAAGGUACUCAAAACGAUCAAAAUCAAUGCACUGCACAAACCUGCUUUUGAGUAUCCCAAGGACCUGAAGGCCAGUGGUGGUCGUCUGCGUAUCGGCUACGUCAGCUCUGACUUUGGCAAUCACCCCACUUCCCAUCUGAUGCAGUCGAUUCCUGGAAUGCACAAUCCUGAGAAAUUUGAGGUGUUCUGCUAUGCGCUUAGCCCUGAUGAUAGCACCAACUUCCGUGUCAAAGUGGUAGCAGAGGCUCAUCAUUUCACAGACCUCUCACAGAUCCCUUGCAAUGGAAAGGCAGCUGAUCGUAUUCAUCAGGACGGAGUCCACAUUCUGGUCAACAUGAACGGAUACACCAAAGGUGCCCGGAAUGAACUGUUUGCCCUCCGCCCUGCCCCCAUCCAGGCCAUGUGGCUGGGUUAUCCAGGAACCAGUGGGGCUCCCUUCAUGGACUACAUCAUCACUGACAAGGAGACGUCACCACUGGAGGUAGCUGAGCAGUAUUCAGAAAAACUGGCCUACAUGCCCAAUACGUUCUUCAUUGGAGACCACGCCAACAUGUUCCCUCACCUCAAGAAAAAGGCAGUGAUCGAUUUCAAGUCGAAUGGACACAUCUUUGACAACCGCAUUGUUCUUAAUGGUAUUGAUGUGAAGGCGUUUUUGGACAGUCUGCCCGAUGUCAAAGUAAUAAAGAUGAAGUGUGACAACAACCAGGAAGCUGCUGGGGACACAAAUGGAGCGCUCUCCAUGCCAGUGAUUCCCAUGAACACAGCAGCUGAAGCAAUAAUCAACAUGAUCAAUCAGGGUCAAAUCCAGGUCACGAUCAAUGGCUUCACUGUCAGCAAUGGCCUGGCCACCACACAGCUCUUUUCAGCAGAUGAGGUUGUAGUCUCUCAGACUGUGUCCAUAAAGAUCAAUAACAAAGCUGCCACUGGCGAGGAGGUGCCACGCACGGUCGUUGUGACAACCCGCUCCCAGUAUGGUCUUCCAGAGGACUCCAUUGUCUACUGCAACUUCAACCAGCUCUACAAGAUUGACCCCCCUACUCUUCAAAUGUGGGCCAACAUCCUGAAGCGUGUGCCCAAUAGCGUGCUGUGGCUUCUUCGCUUCCCUGCAGUGGGCGAGCCCAACAUCCAGCAGUACGCUCUGAACAUGGGUCUGCCUGGCUCUCGCAUCAUCUUUUCUCCUGUGGCACCCAAGGAGGAGCAUGUGAGAAGGGGCCAGCUGGCUGAUGUGUGCCUGGACACUCCUCUGUGUAAUGGUCACACCACAGGCAUGGAUGUUCUCUGGGCUGGAACACCCAUGGUCACCAUGCCAGGUGAGACCCUUGCUUCCCGUGUGGCUGCAUCACAACUCAACUGUCUGGGCUGCCCCGAGCUAAUAGCCCAUAGUCGCCAGGACUAUGAGGAUAUAGCAGUCAAACUGGGCUCUGACAUGGAAUACCUGAAGAUGGUGAGAGCUCGUGUUUGGAAGCAGCGAAUCUGCAGCCCACUUUUCAACACCAAGCUGUACUCAACAGAACUGGAGAAGCUCUAUCUGCAGAUGUGGGAGCACCACAGCAAUGGCAACAAGCCAGAACACAUGGUCAAGUUCCAGACAGUGGAGACCAGUGAGAAUGCCUGAACUGGAAGCACACUGAUUUCUUUUCACUUUUACCCCAGCCAUGUGCAGCCCUCACCAGUCUUUUUUUUUUUUUUUUUUUGUCUGCACGCUAGCUUGAAUGGUCAGCCUCCACUCCAGCCUCUCUCGAUCUCCGAACCAUCGUCUCCAUCACUCUCAUUUACUAUUCAUGGGACUCUUCUUUGUAAAGGAGCCAACAGAUGUACACAUUUGAUCCCCAUCACAGUCCUCACACACCUGCUUUUCCUGAGCCAGAUGGAGCCUGAGACUUUCAGGCAGCCACUCUGAGACUCUUGUCCUAAAACACAGUAUAUCUGAUGAGCAUGACAGGUUAGUGAAUGCCCUGCCUACCCCUCCAGUACUUGGAUCAGUGGAUGUUGUUUCUCCUGUCAGUGUGCACACAGGACAAAUUACCGCUUGUGGAGGGAAUGCCCAGCCAUCAUUACUUGUUGAUCUAUUUAUAAAUGGAUAAAGAGUGUUGUGAGUUUUAAAAGGACAAUGUUGCGCCAUGAAAAAUGUUGCUCUGACUUGCGUUUCAUCAGCUUUAACAUGCAAUUAUUAAACAUAGAUUGCAACUGCUCUUUAGUUUAGCUGUUAUUGACUGCAAUUGCUAGAUGUGCAAGAUUCGAGGAAUAUGGUCUAGAUAAAGAUUCUUCCCCUCACCUAACGCCAACUUUUAUUGAUUUUGUUGUCAAUCAAGGAAUAUGUCCAGUAGCUGUUGUUCUGUUUGAUGUCACACUCUGCUUGUAAAAAUGAUUGGACAGGGGAGUUUCAAGUAAUCAGAAAGGGCCUAAAUUUCUGGUUAGAUGUUGGAGCUAAACACAAAUUGAUCUUGUUUUUUUAAUUACUCAAGGAACAGCCUAGGUAAGUAUUUUCUGAGCAGUUUUUGUUUUUGUAUUGUCUGUUUACUAUGCUGUCAAAGAUGCCUCAAGGCUCAAAAAUAAUAAAAAUUUAAAAAAUA